AUGGCGGCGGCGGGGGCCGCCUCGCCCGGGUCCCCGGCGCCUCCCGCUCCGGGCCCCGCCGCCGCCUCGGAGCGUUUGAUCUCCGGAAUCUUGGCGCUGAGAAGGGGCGCCGCGGGGACGCGGGCGCUGGGCGGGGGGCUGCGGCGGUGGCGCCCGGCCCGGAGACAGGGACCCGGCUCCCGCGGCUCUUCCGGCCUCAGCGACAACAAAAACAAUCCCCGCCGCCGCCGCCGCCGCCAGCCUGAGCGGGCGCGGGAGCCUGCGCGCGCCCGGCGGGUGGGGACGGGGCGCGGGGCGCGGGGCGCGCGCCGUCCGUCAAGGGUCCGGGGUCCCGGCUCGCAGAGGGGGCGUGCGCGGCCCGGGGGGCCGGGUCCACCGAGCCCUGCGCGGAGGCAGGAGGCGUGGCUGGGACCGGGCGUGCGCGCUGGAGGGGGCAGUGCCCCGAGGACGUGCCGUGUUCCUGUGUGCGCGCGCGCCCGCCCGCACUGCCCUGCCAGCCCAGGACAGCCAUCCCGGGCACACGGCUUGGAGGGGCUGCGUGCCAUCUUCCCAGAGCCGCUGCUGCCACAGUGUCCUCGAAAGAUCAGGAUUCCAGAUCCCGCUGGUCCACAGACACAGCCUCCGCUCUGCCCGUGA